AUGUCUCGUAAAGGAGGAACGGUUUGUGUCGUUAGGGGGUGUUCCUCAAGAACUGGCGGAGAUACAAGUCUCUUUUCAUUUCCAAAGGAUCCUGUAAGGGCUGAAUGUUGGCUGAGGAAAUGCAAUAGAGAAGAUUUACUAGAUAAAAGUGUAGAUGCUCUGCACAGAAACUUUAAAGUGUGUGAAAAACAUUUUGAGAAUAAAUAUAUAACUCAAGCUGGUGGAACUCGUAAACACCUAUUUCAACAAGCAGUUCCUACCAUAUUCCCUCAUGGUUCCAAGCAUUCCUUGGAACUUGAAGUUGAUAACUCUGAGGAACGUCCCAAAAAAGUUACCCUCAUAUCUGGUGAGUAAUCUUCAUAUAUAAUCAAUUCAUUAUAGUGAUAAUUAUAAAGCAUAUGUUGAUAAUCAUGAGAGUUUUGUCACAGUAGAGAGCUAAAGUUUUGUGUUUAGUGUCCCAUUUUGAUUCAAUUAAUUUUAUUACACCAAUUUCAUCACAGGAGUUUUUUUUUUGUAUUUUUUCGAGUGAAAAAGGAACAAAAGAGGAAGACAAACUUAAAAAAAAGAUUACUGUUGCAUGUUCUGAUAAUGAUCUAUUAUUUCCAGAUAUCAGAAUUAAUACUUCUGAUUUUACAAUUCUUCAUGUUGGAAUGCCAUCACCAGCUACAACUUCCUCAUCAGUUCCCUCCGAAGCAGCUCAAAAUAUUUCAGGUAGUUAUAUUGUGUAUUCAUUAAUAAAUACAACAUAAUUGAUAUUAUUUUUUCAUAAUUCAAUCAGGUAGCAUGUUAAAAAUGUAUUUCUUCCAGGCACAGAGCAAGUCUUGGAUGUCAUUCCAGUUUCUGUGACACCUUCUGGUAGUUGUGAAGUAUCCACUCCAUCGAGGUCAACUGAAACAUCAACUCCGUCUUGCAGCUAUGAAGCAUACACUCCAUCUAGGUCAACUCAAACAUCAGCCAUUUUGAGUUCUGGGACUCCAAGAAAGUUGAAACUUCGUGAAAAGCUUAAAGCUAUCAGAAAGAGAAAGUUUAUAGAGAAAUCUUGCCAUAGAGGACUUCAAUGUGAUGUGCGACAGAUUUCUGGAUGGUCCUUUGUCAGGAAUUGUGAAAGCACAAGCUAAAUUGAAAAACGUUAAACCUCUAGCAAGAAGAUAUUCAUCCGAGUACAAACAAUUUGCCUUGACUCUCUAUUUCUUGGGACCACGAGCAUAUUUUUUUUUUUUUUUAGUUAUUAUGUCUUCCAUCAAAAAGAUGUUUGGAAAAUAUGACCCAAAAACUGACUUUCAAACCAGGCUUCCAAAAUGAAGCAAUAUUUAAAUCCUUGGAGAUAAAAACACAGACCAUGUUAGAUCAGGACAGGCAUUGUAUUAUAUGCAUUGAUGAGAUUUCUCUCAAAGGUAACCUGUACUACCAUACAGGACGAGAUGAAAUUGUUGGACUUCAUGAUGUAGGAAAUGGCAAUAAACAAUCAUCAAUUGCUCAAAAUGCCUGUGUCAUUAUGGUUAGAGGUCUUUAUAACAACUGGAAACAACAGAUAGCAUACUUUUUUGUCAACACACAAUUCUGUGCAAGAGAAUUACUUUCUGUGAUUGAAGAGUGUAUAUUGAGAUUAUUCGGAGCUGGUUUAUAUGUGGAUGCGCUUAUCAGUGAUAUGGGUUCCAAUUUUGUUCAAUUAUCUAAUAUUCUUGGAGUCACACCUAGUAACCCUGAAUUCAAAGUGGGUGAUAAAAAUGUUAUAUAUUUAUUCGAUACGUGCCAUUUGAUAAAGGCCACAAGGAAUAAUUUGUUGCAAAAUGUUUUUUAUUUUGAUGAGAAGAAAACGUCAUGGUCCUUCAUAAAUAUGUUUUAUCAACAAGACAGAAAACAGACAUAUAGAUGUGCACCUAAGCUUACUUCCUCACAUAUUUGUCCCACAAAUUUUGAAAAAAUGAGGGUUAAAUUCGCUACUCAAGUUCUGAGUAACACAGUAGCCAGUGGAAUGAAUACUUAUGUGAG